AUGGAUUUAAGGAGUUACCUGUCUAGCGAGGACUAUAUAUUUGAAAUAAAAAACAAUGAGCAGCUUUUUGAGAGCAAAAAAUUAGCUUGUAAUAUAAAGCCCAUAUGGAGUUUUAAGGGGCAUAACAAUUCUAUCGAGGGUAUUCAUUUAAUUGAUGAUGAUACCUAUGCGACUGUGUCACAUGAUUGCUUUGUAUCUGUAUGGGAUAUAAGUAAUAACAAGAAUAUAAGAAAUAUAGAGUUAGGACAGCCAAUACUAUGUUCUAGCUACUAUAGUAAGAGAAAGUAUUUAAGUGUAGGUAUGACUAAUAAAGACAAUAAUAUACAUAUAAUUGAUAUGGAAAAUAAAAAAAAUAUAGAUAAUUUGUGUACUAAAUGUAAUUCUAUAUUUUGUAUGAAUUAUUUUGAUGAUGAUAAAAUAACGUAUGGAAGUAAAGAUGGUUCUAUAUGUUUAACUGAUUUAAAUAAAAAAAAAAAUAUUUAUAGAUAUGAAGAAAUUGGGGAUUGUUUAAAUUUCUGUACAUUUAAUACAAAUUAUAAAAUUCAUCUUUUUAGUACAUAUAAAGGCAAUAUUUUAUUUUUUGAUUUUAGAUAUGCCUUGCCUGUUCAGAAAAAUAAUCAAUUGCAUUCAUUAUAUUCUAUUAAUACUAUAUACUCUGAUAAUAAUUAUUUAUAUUCAGGUGCUUCAGAUUGUUUAAUAAAAAAAUUUGAUUUAAGACUUUUGGAUGAAAAUAAACCUGUAGAAAUAUAUAUAGGACAUACUUCACCAAUUCGUUUUUUAACUUUUUCAAAUAAGUAUAAAAAUUAUUUUUGUUCGUCAUCAGAUAAUGGUAGUAUAAAACUAUGGAAAGAAGAUAAUUAUAGAAAUAUUGGUGAAGUUAAAAAAUUUAAUACUUCCUUAGUUUAUGAUUCUAUUCCUUCUGUUUUUCCCCCCCUACUUGGAGACUUAACAACAAAAACUGUAGGUAAUGGACAUAGAAAAAUUAGCAAGAAUUUCUUAGAACUCAAUAAAAAAACAGUGUCUAGUAAUCGAUCGAAUUCUAUAGUUUCUGAGUGCAAUUAUAAAGAAUCGCCUGACCUGUUUAGAAAUAAAAAUAAUAGUAAAAAAUAUGGCAUAUUUGGAAAAAUUUCUAUACUGGAUAAAAAUAAAAAGAGAACACUAACUCCGAAUAUUCCAAAUAUACAAGAAAAAAAGGUGCCUGUUGUGUCAAGGAAUGAAUUAUUUAAUAUUAUAAGAAGCAAAGGUGAGGACAAGAAUAGUGAGGAAGGUUUAAACCAUUCUACAAAAAGUAUUAGUACAAAAAAUGGUGGUAAAAAAUAUAUGGGUACAAAAAAUAUUGGUACAAAAAACAUUGGUACAAAAAACAUUGGUACAAAAAAUAUUGGUACAAAAAAUAUUGAUACAAAAAAUAUUGAUACAAAAAAUAUAAGUUCUACUAACAAAUUAGGUCUUCCAGCAUCGUCCUAUUAUUUUACCACUCCUAAAAUUAACAGUAUCCAAAAUAAUCUUAAAACUAAGGGAAGGACGAAUUUGAAUAUAUCAAAUGAUAGGGAUAAACGGGAUAGUACUACUAAUUUACCCAUGAGAGUAAGUAAUCUUACAAUCCCAGAAUUGUUUGGUGAAGAAGAGAAUAGUUUAAUACAUAAUAGUGCAAAAAAAAUAAAAAUAAAAUAUUCUACUUUAUCUAUGUUAAAUCAUAGAAGCAGAGUUUCUUCAAUGGUGUGGUUAGACGAUUUAGUUUUAUCAACCUCGUGGGAUCAAAAUAUUAAAUGUUGGAAUAUAGGGAGAUAUGUCAUGGAAUAG